ACCCCGAGAGAGGCUCACACGAACGAAACGACACAACUGGUGGGCAUCUCUCCGGUGAGUUGGGUUCGGUAGGGAGGUGUCUCCCGGUCCUCCAACCAGAAGAAGCGAGACGACGACGACGAAGGAGACCUUUGGCGGUUACACACCGCGUCCUACCGUCUUCUGGUGUGCCUACCUAUUCGGGCUACCAGCGAACCGAGCGGGCAAACGGAGCUUCAGUCGACGCCGCGCACCCAAACGGUCCAGACCUGUCAGCCCGGAAGACGGUAUUAUAUCCCGACAAACGUACACGAUACCCAGGGACCAGAAUACAACUGGAGUAAACCACGAACCAGUUUCCACGAUUCGUCCAUCCCUUCCUCUCCCUUCUCUCGCUCCUAUAACAACCGGGAUAAGAAACGAGAACCGAUCAUUCUCGCCUGCCCAGUUCGCACGAAUUCUCCGCAACGGGGGACACGUUUAUUUGACCAGAAGUCCGGCAAACAGCCGCGUGAGAGGGAACGCUACGAGGGAACCGAGCGUGGGUGUAUGCUACGACCGGUAGAAGGAGGACAAGCUGCAAAACCCAAAAGGGAGAAAGAGAGAGAAAGAGAAGGAGAGAGGAGAAAGAGAGAGAGAAAGAGAGAGAGGGAGAGAUCGUGUUCCCGCGAGGAGGUACAGACCCGAGUGAUCUCACUCGCAAGGAGUUAGCCGGUUGGGACUAGGUUUGCGCAGGAGGAGAACCAGCGACACCCAAGCGGGAGAGAAAGAGAAGGAAGAGAGAGAAAGAGAGAGAGAGAGGAAAAGAGUAUCGAGAGAGGGACCCCAAGGAGAGGAAGCUUCUCGUGAAAGAGAGAAAAACGUUCCCCUUGUCGGGCAAGAGGGAAAGAGACGCCUUAUAGGCUGUACCAGGUGGAAGGGAGGUGACUUCGAGGCGUUAGCAGGACCGCGAGAGAGGAGGUAGAGGGAAAGGAGACAGAGAGUCGACCAAGAGAAGGAGCGGUGGGAAUUUAUAAGGAUGUUCGCGAUAAUGCCGAUGGAGACAGAGGGGCACGGCAGGGAGUUCGGCCGCCGGCAGAAGAUGCGCGCCAAGUGCACGGUAGAGUUCGUCUGCAAGUACUGCCAGCGGCGCUUCACGAAGCCCUACAACCUCAUGAUCCACGAGCGCAGCCAUAAGGACGAUGUGACCUUCACCUGUGAGGUCUGCGGAAAGUCCUUCAAGCGGCAGGACAACCUCAAGCAGCACAGAUGUGGGUGGCGGUGAGCGGGAGCUCUGAAUCUCCUGCACCUUGACACACACACAAUGCACACGCAACAACAAUAUCAACAACAUGAUCAACAAAAAAAAAAAAUUUCAAACAUCUUUCAAAAAUCUAUAAUAACAGAAAAAAAUUACAAUCCACCUUCUUCUAUUGUUUCACAUUUAUAGAUAUAUAGAUAUAUAUAUAAUAUUCUCUCUUGAUUUUUUUUUCUUUUUUUUUUUUUCUAUUCUUUUCAAUUAUUUUUCAUUCUCCCGCACUAUGUCCCCGCCUCGAUCACACAAGGACAUCGUCCUUGCAUCGCGUACCGCCACCACAAAGUAAAGAAAGGAAAAAGAAAGGACACAAUAACGCCCAGCAUGCUAUAUAAGGAUCUAACCUCUAACAAUACCAAUCUUCCAUUUAUUCUUCCGCUGUUUCUGCUAUUUGACGAUCCACGAUCGCCAAUUUAUUCGCCUUCUAAUUCUUACUUCUACUAAACUACUACUAACUCGAGCGCGCACGAUAAUCCACUUGGCUAAAUCGCGAAGCGGUGAUUUGUUAAAAAAGGAAAUAGGAGGAAAAUGAAAGUAAGAGAGGAAGCGGAGAGUUUCCUUGGAGAGUACUUUCCUCAUCUUCCGAUUUCGACCAUCUUUGUUCCAGGAGCAUACACUCUGUUCCCUACAAGGGCUCCAACGGCUACUCAAAUGGCUAUUCGAAUGGCUACUCUAGGUACUAGAAGCCAUCCAGCCAACUUAUUAUCCUAAACUUCCCUCGUAGACGCGCGUUUCUCUUUGUUCACUGAAUAGGCUAGUUUAUUGACAAGCGGUUCGACGAGGUUUUCUUUGGAAUUUCGAUGGAACCGUUUGCGGUGUACGUAUAUAUACGUAUGUACAUGAGUGCAUGCUGUUUCUAAGAAAAUGAUUUUAACUAGGGACGAGAAUUCGAGAACAUUUGACAUUUCAAUGUCCCAUUUCUAAUUUUAACCCGAGGAUGGUUAUGGAAUUUUGUUAAUGCAACCGUGCGAAGGGAAACGAAAAUGUCAAGAAAAAUGGAUAGAGACAGAGAUUUUCUUAAUCAGAAAUUUAUAUACUGUUCUUUCGAGAAAAGAAUGAUAAAUUAAAGUAGGUUUUCAAUUUCUUUUUAAAUAUAUAUAUAUAUAUAUAUAAGUUAAAAUAUCGUUGGACUUGUUACAAAAAUUUUCAAUUGCGAAGAUAUCUAAGAAUAGUUAUUUCUCGCACGUUAAAAUAUUUAUAAUUAGCGAUUUGUAUAUUCCAUAAUUGCUCAAAUGCUGAAUAGUUAACGACUAAUAAAAUUUUUUAAAAUUAAUAGGAUAAUAGUUUCAAAAGUAAUUUUUAUAAUAAUUGUAAAGCUAUUACUACCAAGAGCACUAUUAAAUUACAUAGGAUCUAUAGAAACGAAGAGAGAAUCGAAUAAAAAUGAGAAGAAAAGAAGAAAGAUUCAAUGAUGAAAAUAAAAAUCAACGUCGAAAUUCCAAGAAAUUCUCUUGAUCCGGCCACGAGUCUAUUCUUCUCCGUCUGUCGAUCUUUCCAAGAUCGGUCGAUUAAUUAAUCAACUCGACAUAGCACUAGCGAGCCUACUGAGUCGCAAGGGAAACAAUACCGUGGAUACUGAUCGUCUCCUCGCCUAUUUUAAAACCUCGCUUCUCGCUCCUUCAUUCCCGCUUUUUCGACGAUAUUUUUUUUAUUUUUUAUUUUUUUUUUAUUACAUAAUUUUUUUUUAUUAUUAUUUUCGCUUCUGCCACUUUCCUGUAUUCCAAGCCUAGACACCUAGACGUUAGCCACAACAGCAAGUCAUUCUCGCGACAUUUCAUCGCGACAAAGACAUCGAGAGACAGAAAACAAACAGAGGAAGAACCAUAUCACCGUGAACUACGUCAGAAUUUCUCCUCCCCCACCCUCCCCCCCAAAAAGGUGAAUUCUGGUAGAAUCAUCAUCCUCGAGAUCAAGCCGAUAUCAACGAUACCGAAGAUCGGGCAAGUUUCACGAGAGGCAGAAACUUUUCAUUAUUAUUUUUCCAAGCAUUCGAAAUUCGAAGAACAACAAACGAACCCGUUCCACUUCCACUCGGGUUUUUAACGAGCCUUCAACUCGUGGAGAUGAUGGCCAGGCACAAGUUGCACAAGAUCGUGGAAAGGCAGGCCAGGAGGGGAAAUCUAACUUCGUUAUCAGCGACACGUUCGAAGGCAGCCAACUAUGCACCCGACCAGUUCCCGUUAUCUCUCUAAAAAUCUACCAGGCCGUGGUUCCUGCUUUCUCUUACGCCAGCUGUAACAACUUAAUCGUGGAAAGCCGACGUAAUUCAGUUCGAGCAUCCAUGGGAAUAGAGGAACGAGGCCAAGGUCGGAGGAUCACACGCUUUCAUCAAACUUCCGAUACAAUACGACAUUCACGGCUCUCGUUGUCCAACACGAGAGAACGCAUCUCAAGUCUGUCCAACAAUCCGGAAGUUCGACGUAUAACGAAAGUAACAUUAAAAAAAAAAAAGGCUGAACACUAAUUAAUUUUCCCUGUAAAGGAAUCCCUGUCGAGAGCCAUAAAUCCGAUCCAUAAAGCGGCAAGAAACUCGAUUUCAAUAUCAAAGGGGUAUCCGAAUCCGGGCGAUUUGGCCCGGAAGCGUCUAAUUUGAAUUCGAGGAUCCUCUGGCGGGGGCCAGGUGCAAACAGGCCGAGAAAGAGAGGAGAAAAAGAGAAAGAAGAAAAGGAGGAUGGAUCCGUGUCAACGUUGUUACACGAGGACCUCGGGCUAGAGUCCCAAAUUGGGCCGCGUAAUAACCCGCUUCAAAGAUGCUGCUGAGGACCGGAUGCUACCGUGGGACCACGCCCAGGCCUGGAGCGACUCGUUGUCGGCCCAACCACCUGGCCAUCGGGAUCAGAGAGCCGAGUGCGGGCCUCGAUUCCACGCGAUUCACAAGAAGCCAACAGAGAAGGGAUCCACCAAGGAACGUAUGAGAUCGUAUGACGAGGAUUCCUCGAAGAUCAUGAAGGGAAGAGAUUGUUCGACGAGGAAGGAUCUCUCUCAUUGGCGUCUUUGGAUUGGCAAUGAUGAGAGCAAACGCGAGCCAAAAUCGGGAGAGAAGAGAGAGAUCUAGUCGAGAGAGAGAGAGAGAGAGAGAGACACGACGACCUUGGAAAUGUGAAACAAGGCGGGUCCACUGACGCAGAUACCAGUCAGCAGGGAUCGGUUUCCAGUGGAUGAACCGUCGACUCUGGAUGUGUCUGUUCGACUUCGCGUGGACACGAGGCCUCGAUCGUUCGAUCAGAACGGCAUGAUCGAUCGGUAUCGACCGUUUCCCAGACUGGACAACCGAUUCACGCGGCCGAUUCUUUCGUCCUCGGAGCCACGAGUACCUUGCCUGCAACUUUGUUGUAAAUGGCAAUGUGGGCAACGUAGCAGUUGGGAAAUGUGCAUUGUCUUCGUGACGAGGGAGCGAAUAUCAAUUGCAACGCGUGGCCAAGUCUGAAUAAUCGAUUGGAGAUUUUGUUGGUAAUUUUUCUCUCUUUUUUUUUUCUCUUUUUUUUUCUUGAUUCGUAACUCGAGUCUUGGAGGGUGUUAUGAAACUUUGCGAACAUUUGUUCUUGAUGGUUUUGUAAAUGUGUUGCUCAAAAUUGUAGGAGGAGGAAUAGUCGUUGAGAAAUGAAAUGGAAUGAGAUUUAAAGGUAUGUUUGACAAAUUUCUAUUUCGUGCAAUGAUAGAAUAAUGAGAUAAUAUAUUUGUUUAAAUACCGAUGCCACGUUCUCCAAUUAUUUUGAGCCAUACAUCGCCGAAAUAUAAGAUCAUAUGUUUGCUCAUAUAGAUAUGCUACGUAAAUUUUUUUGAACAGUGAUCUGCUAAUUUUUACAACACAAAAAUUCUUGUAUUGUAUACUUCGUAAUUUUUAGAUUAUUGCAUUCAAUCUCAAUGCAAUAGUCGAAACAAUUAUUUUUUUUCCUCGUCACCAAAGCGCUCGUUAAAAAUAUCUAAUACGUGAAGCUUUUUUAAAGAGAAGCUUCAUAAAUUUGUGCUAGAUUUCAACUUUCCAAAUUAAUUUUUCCAUUAUAAUUUUUUUCCAUUAUAAAAAUCAUUGGCUAAUAGAUCGCGCUCGACAAAUUUGCGAGACUGCAAUUUUAUAAUCUUCCCGCAAUUACGUAUUACGUAAUAUAAAAACAAAUUACAUCGAGAAAUAGCGCGAAUGAGAAGUAAAAAUAAUUGUGUAAAUGACUCUGAUUUUUGCAAACUGCGACGUCUCGAGGUAUCUCGAGAUCGAUCGAUCGAUCGAUCAACUGUUCGUCAGUUUCGAAAAUCUGUGGCGAUAUGGACGAAACGUGUGCUUGAAAUUUCUUGAAAAAUUGUAUUCGUCACGAUCAAAUAUCGCGAGAUCUGCUUUUCCGGGACGUGAUAAAAAAGAAGGAAAAGAGUGAAUAAGUUUGGAAGAUAGAAAAGAGGAAGAAAUUGAGACAAAAGUCGCGCUUUGUAAAUAGCUUAAAAUAUUUUAUACAUUAUCGCUGCGUCUUCUAAAAAUUAAUCUAAUCAUUCGAUCGUAUUAUUAUUAUUAUAAUUAUUAUAAUAAUUAUUAUAAUUAUUAUUAUUACUAUUAUUAGUAUUAUAAUUCUUAUUAUUAUUAUUACUAUUAUUAUUAUUAUAAUAAUUAUUAUUAUUAAUAUUAUUAAUUAUUAUUAUAAUUAUUAUUAUUAUUAUAUGGAUGAACGUUAUGGAAGAAGAAAAAAAAUUAUAGAAAAAAAUAUAUAUAGUCGUUAGUCAUUGUAAUGCGCAUCGUAGCCAUCGAUAGGCCUCUCGAUCCCCGUAGAAGCUGUAACAAUCGUUUUUUUUAUUAAUUACCGUUUAAUAGGAGUGAUAAUAAUAUUAUUUUAUUAUAUUAUAAAUAUAUUAUUAUUAUUAUAAUUAUUAUAAUUAUAUAUAUGUAUAUAUACAUAUAUAUACAUGUAUAUAUAUAUAUAUAUAUUGUAAUGUGUAUCUAUAUAUCUUAUUACGCCUGUAUCGCUAGCUUUACAAAUGAACCGGGGCGCACGGUCAGCCCGGUGACAAUGUGGCAGACAAAGACGGAGAGCGAGAGAGUAAGAGUGAAAGAAUGAGAUGGAACGUGUGAGAGUAAGCGAGAAAGAGAGGGAGAGAAAGAGAGACAUGAUUCUGUUGCUUUUCUCUCGAAGAGAGAUAAGACGACACGAGUAUGCGUGACACCUCUCCGUGUGCUUUCGGGGAAUCGCAUUGUACUUGUGGGCACGUCCCUCCCUACCGGCCUACCAAUAAAUUUCGCCAAGUCGUAAAACGCUGUUCUGUCCAUUUCUUUUUCUCUCUUUCUCUCUUCCUUUCUUCUUUCUCUCUCUCUCUCUCUUUCUCUCUCUCUCUGUUUUUUCUCACUUUUUUUCUCCGUCUCAUUUUCAUCCCAUCCUUUCAUCCCAUUCCUCUUCGUUCCUCUUCCGUGCCGUGCACAUUUUCACGAAAUCCAACAACGGACCCAUCCUUUUUUCCAAACAUGUCCAACCGACGAAAGUUAUCGGAUGACCAUGUUCAUCCCGAUGUCUUCCCCUCUCUCUCUCUCUCUCUCUCUCCCUCUCUCUCUCUCUGUCCGCGGCAAGAGAAGGCUGAUUUGUUGUCCGUUUAAUUGAAUUAUUUUAAUGGGCCCCUCGGGGCCUUUUGAUGGACGACUUCGGGGCCCGGCAGCCUCCACCGCGCUUACUUCCCUUCCCUCUUCUUCCGUUUCGAUCUGUUCGAGGGUUUUUUGACGGUGAUCUAUGCACCGGCAUGUUCUGGCCAGGUUCUGCUCUGUCGCGUUUGUUUUUCUUCACUUUGGGUCAGGUUCGGGUAUGUAAGGUUUUCGGGAGCGUAUAUAAGGCGUUGAAAGAUCGUUGAUUCGGGAGGAAAGGUGAGAAAAAUUGGCAAAUCGAGCGAGUUGGAAAAUAUAUGAUAUGAAGUUUAAAUGGCAAUAUAUAGAGAGGAGAUUAUGUUGUAAUUUUGAAAGGCGUUUGGGUGAUAGAGAUCAUGAUUCGAGAAAUGAGGAAAAUGAGAAAAAUCGACAAAAUUGAAAGUACGAUGAAAAAUUUAAUUGGCAAGUACGUUGGGAGAGAAAGAUGUGUAUAUAAUGAUUGAUAUCGAAUUUUGUUACGCUAUAAUUGUCCUUCGUUAAUUUUGAUUUAAAUUUUUUGUUUCGAUCUGACCUUUCUUCUCCGACGUAUGCGAGUAUAUACGUGUAUACGUACAUAUGCUUCGAAAAGAAUUUUUUUCAAAAAAAUUGUUUUUUUACACAUUUACUUUAUGUGUCACGCCAGAGUUAACUCAUAAGUUCUAAGGAAAAAUAGCAUUGUCACACUAGCGAUGACCUCAUAGAGAACAAAGAACAAUUAUGUAAAGUAGAGUCGUUUUAAUAAAUUAUGCUUAGUAUUU